AUGAAGCGCCUCGAGGGUUUGUCGCGGGGCGGCAGCUCGGCUUCUACGUUCGGCUCUCUCUCCCGUGUGUGCGCCUCGUCUUCCUCGCUGCCUCCUCGCUCUUGCUCUUCUUCCGUCGCGCCCUCUGCGCUGCACGCCACGCCCGCCGCCGCGUCUGCGUCGCCCUCCCUCUCCACGUCGACUCGAGGGCCUCCGUCGCUCUUGACGCCGCUCAGGAGAGCGUCGUCGUCUCUUUCUCUCUCUGGAUCUCGCACGCCGCCUUCUUCUUCGACUUCUUGUUGUCAGGUCUCGCCUCAAAAGCAGCGCCUGCUGGCACCCUCUUCAGUCUUCAAAAAACCGUCUUUUGCCUCCUCCGCGCUCUCUUCGUCGGCCUCGCUGCCCUCUUCCACGGCGGCGGGGCUGUCGGCGUCGUCAUCGCUGCGCUUGACGCCAGAGAAAUCGUUCUUUUCCAAGACAUCGCGAAAAAAUGCCUCACCGCCACUCCAAGACGCGAGCGACGAUGGCGUGCAUCCGGAUGCUUCGUCGUGCGUAUGUACACCGCAUCCGAGAGGAAGCGAAGAGGGUGGUACGCGGCAGGCGAGCGCCGCACUUCCGCCGCCUCAAGAGAGGCUUGCCAAAUUCGGACGCGAGGCAGUAAAGACGGAGGGAGUAGGCGAUGAGCUGCUUCUGAACCGGAAGUUCGUCGGUGAUAAAGGCUGCAAAGGCGUCGCAGCUUCGCUCAUGCGAAAGACGAACUUUGUCCGCAUUGAUCUCUCUGCGAACAACAUCAGUGCAGAGGGUAUCGCCGCUCUUCUACCAGGAUUGUCAGUCCAGCGCGGCCUGCGGCACCUCGAUCUUAACUGGAAUGCCCUUUCCGCUGCAGGAACCUCCAUCGAAGCGUCUGGCGGCUCGCGGGCGUCGUCCAGGUGUAUGUACACCUUGCAGAGCUUCUGCGACUGGAUCGCCGCACACAGCGCCCUAAGGACCCUGAGCCUCUCGCACUGCCGGUUGGGCAAUGAGGGCGCGGCCUGCGUCGCGGAUCUUCUCAGCAGGAACACGAGUCUGGUGUCCCUCGACUUGAGUUACAACGGCAUGGGGGCGGCAGCCUGCACGCGCCUUGCGCAGGCGGCAGAGGCCUCAAAUUUCACCCUGCUUCACGUCGACCUGGGCGGGAACUGCGCCGGCUGCCAGGCGCUGGAGCUCCUCGCGCGCGCGUGUGCCCGCAACCGCCUCAAGCGCCAAGUUCGGCGCCAGCACGAGGACGCCGAAGAGCGAACGGCGCUCCGCGAUGAACAGCUGAAGAGGCAGCAGCUGCAGACCUACGUGCUACAACUCGAGAAAGAAAUGACGCUCCGACAGGAAGAGUUUGGCAAGCUGAUGGACGGCAUGCUUGCGGACGCGGCGGAGGCCUCGCGUAAGCUAGAGAGGGCGCAAGAGGAGACUCGCGAGCUGAGAGAGAGGCUGCGAAACGCCGACUUCGAACUCAUCGCAGAAAGGAGGAAUGCGCGGGACGCCGCGAGCCUCAAGAAAGAGCUCCAAGCCCUGCAAGCGACAGUCUGCAAUCGGGAGCAAGAGAGCUCGGCGCUCGAGUCGCGGCUGCGAGAAGUCGAGACGGAGAAGCAGCUGCAGGAUGAGGAGCUGCGCGCGCUGCGUCUGCGUCAGCAAGAGGCCGCGGACGCGGCGGUGUUCAUUCAGCAGAGCUUGGAUGACACGAACGCCUCCAACAAAAAGCUGGAGGCCUGCGUGCAGCAGAAGACGCAGCGCAUCGAAGAGCUCCGCGGGCAACUGGCGUCGGCUGAGCGGGCGGCGGAGGAGAGGAGCGAGGCGCUUCUUGCGCAGCUGCAGAGUGCGCUUGACGCGAAACGCGGACUUGAAGACACACUCAACAAACUGAGCACGGAGAAGGAGCACAUGGAACAGCGAAACCUGCAACUCGCCUGGGCGCUGGAGGCAGAGGAACGCGACAGCCAACAGCGACGCGCGCAGCAGGAACAGAAACGAAAAGAAGAGCAAAGGCUGCUCGCUGAGCAAGCGGAAGAAUGGAAAAACAGACUGAAGAGGCAACUCACCGAGCACAACGCGCAGGAGGAGCGCUGGAAAGAAGAGCGACUCGAUCUCUUUCAGAGGCUGCGACAGAGUCAGCAAGCGACGUGUGAUGCCGAGACCGAAGUCUCUGCGCUGAGGCACCGCGAGCGACAGCGAGACGUCCACGCGCAGGCUGCAGAGGAGGAGCUUUGCCAGCUGAGGCAGACACUCGUUGCCCGCGAGGAUCAGCAGCGCCGCGAACGGCAGGAGCACGAGGCGCUGCUUCUCGCGCAGAGGCGGAAAGAAGAGCAGUGGCGGGCGACCCUCGCCGCGAGUGAAGCCGCUGCAGGCGAGGCUCGGCUCCGCGAAGAAGCCAAGCGCCAGGAAGCGACACACCUGGAGGACGCGCUAGCGCAGAGAGACGCGGUGAUCAAAUCGCUCCAGGAGCAGAUCCAACAGAGCAAACAAGACUUAGCGAAGAGCCACGAAGCGCGCCAGCAGCUGGAGCGCGAGCGCGUGGAGCAUGCACGCGAGUUGAGGGAAGCGAGAGCGCGGGCGAAGAAGUUGGAAGAAGACUUUCAGCGGAAAUGCAACGAAGCGUUCGAGGCGCUGCGCCUGUCCCUGAGCACAGCCACGUCGAUUCUUGUUUCUGUGGAGGACGGCGACGCAGCCUGA